AAUAUAUAUAAACCCUAAAAAACCAAAUCAGCACUGAGCUUCUGAAGUGGAAACAACAAAACAAAAUUGGAAACGAUGUCGAAAUUUCACGAACACAGUAAUAAAUAAUUAAUUAAAUCAUCAAAUUCAAACGCAGAUAGUGAUUUGCAUACUCUACACAGACACACUCAGAUUUGUAUGGUGAUUUUACUCAAUAGGAAGAAGAAGAAGCUUUGGCCGAGACACCCAACUUAUGGCUACGGGCAGCGAUAGGGUGGCAGUCGAGCUCUGUAAAGGCAUCAAUGGUCUCGACAAAGUUGUUCUCCGUGAGUCUCGUGGCAGUUCUGUUGAGGUAUACUUGUAUGGUGGUCAAGUAACAUCUUGGAAAAAUGACCAUGGCGAGGAGUUGCUUUUUGUUAGCAGUAAGGCUAUAUUUAAACCUCCAAAGGCAAUUCGUGGAGGCAUUCCAAUAUGCUUUCCUCAAUUUGGGAGUCAUGGUGGUCUUGAGCAGCAUGGCUUUGCGAGGAAUAGAGUUUGGAGCAUUGACACUGACCCGCCUCCUUUUCCAACUGUUUCUUCAAAUAAGGCCUUUAUUGAUUUGAUCUUUAAGCCCACUGAAGAAGAUAUGAAGAUCUGGCCUCACAGUUUUGAGUUCCGUUUGAGGGUGGCUUUGGGACCUGGUGGAGAUCUGAUGCUGACAUCACGCAUAAGGAAUACCAAUGCUGAUGGAAAGCCAUUUUCAUUCACAUUUGCAUACCACACUUACUUCUCUGUUUCAGACAUCAGUGAAGUUCGGGUUGAAGGCUUGGAAACGCUGGAUUAUCUUGACAACCUACAGAGCAAGGAGCGUUUUACCGAGCAAGGGGAUGCUAUAACUUUUGAAUCAGAAAUUGACAAGAUAUAUCUCAGCACUCCUACAAAGAUAGCAAUUCUGGAUCAUGAAAAAAAGAGAACAUUUGUUCUACGCAAGGAUGGACUGCCAGAUGCUGUGGUGUGGAAUCCAUGGGAUAGGAAGGCAAAGGCAAUGGCUGAUUUUGGAGAUGAUGAAUACAAGCACAUGUUGUGUGUGGAAGCCGCUGCAGUUGAAAAGCCUAUUACAUUAAAACCUGGGGAAGAAUGGAGAGGAAGACUUGAACUUUCUGCUGUUCCUUCCAGUUACUGUAGUGGCCAACUUGAUCCUCGGAAGGUUCUCCUGAGCAGCUGAGAGAGCACUAUUUUGGUCUAUAUUCUGUACUGUACAGCUACAUUGGCUGGAAGUUAAAAGUGCUCUACAUAUUUGGAUUGCAUAUUUCAGUAUUGGAAUUUCACUUCUUUGUUGAUGUUUUCAAGUAUGCUUUGCUUGAGAAUACGUUGUAAGGUUGAAUAUUGUAAUUUUUACACAACAAUAUUGUGAAAAGAAAUGGUUCCUUAUAUUCAUGGCA